AUGUCUUCUGCUAAAUUAUCGCCGUCAUAUUAUGGAUACGUUGGAUCAACUAAAGAUGCUUUAUUGAUUAUUCAAGCAAUCGUUGAUAAGCAAUUAGAAUUAAUAUCAAGAAGACCUCAUGAAAGAGAACGUCCUGCUUUAAUUAAGUCAGGUAAUGUGUUUGUAUUUAUUGAAGAACAUUCAGGAAUUAAACGUUGGACUGAUGGAAUUGCUUGGAGUCCUUCAAGAAUUUUGGGGAGAUUUUUGGUUUAUAGAGAAUUGGAUAAACAUAGUUUAAAUGAAAAAGAUGAUAAAAAGAAGAAAAAAAGAAAGAUAAAUAAUAAUGAUGAUUCAAAUAUGAUUCCCUCUGCUCAUCAUUUAAUUAAUGAUCAUCAACAACAUUUAAAUGAUGAUAAAAAUUUGGUAGGGUCCUUAGUAACUUCAUACGUAUUCAAAGAUCAAGGUUUAAUAAAGAAAACUUUAAGUUUAAGUACUUCUAGCAAAAAUGUCCAUAUAGAGAAAAAAUUAGAAAAUCAAACAAUUCAUUUAAUAAGUUAUUAUAAUGCUGAUGAUGUUUUAAAUGGUAAAUUACAAAGACCAAGUGAAACUGAUUUAAAAAAUUUACAAAUUUCAAAUACUUUAUGGGAAGCUUUAAAAGAUUCUUCUUUGGGUGGUAAAAUUUCAAUAGAAGAUGAAGCUUAUUAUUUCUUAGAUACUAAUUAUCAAUUACAAAAUAUGUCUUUACUACAACAUCCUUCUUUACCACCUCCUCAUACCCAUGGUCCUCCCCAUCCUCAUCCUCAUGGUCCUCCCCCUACUCAUCCUCAUGGUCCUCCACCUCCUCAUGCCCAUGGUCUCCCGCCACCUCAUCCUCAAAUAAACCAAAAUAUUCAUAUGUUACCUUUGCCUCUACAAAAUAAUCACUAUCAUCCUUCAGAAUAUAUCCCGGCUCCAGCUCCAGCUCCCGCCCUGGCUCCUCCAACCGCCUCAAUACAGUCAAAUGGACCUUCCCCCCGUUACACAACUGCACCACCUCCUACGUACAUAAGGAAAGAAGAUGAAAUAAAUUCAGAAUUAUCCUUUGUGAAUCCAUUUAAUCAGCAAUCUCAAUUCCAACAACCGCAACAUCAAGCACAACAACAACCAAAUUUAUUUAAUAAUCCUUAUGUGUUACCCCCUCAACAAUUUCAACCAAACUAUAUUUCCAAUCCUCCAAUUAAUGAUUCUUCAUCUUUUCCUCAAUCAAAUAAUCAAUCUCCAAUUCAACAACCAAUAGUCCCCCAGCAACAACCACCACCACCACCACAACAGCAGCAAUCACCACAAGUACAAGCACAAUCACAAGUACCAGCUCACAUAAUCCCACCAGGACCAUCAUCUAAAAAUACCGCUCUCCCACCACAACAAUUUGCUCCAUUCCCACCACAACAUUUCCAACAAUUUUUACCCCAGCAACCACCAAAUCAUUUUGGAUCAAUACUGACAGGAUCAAGUGAUCAAUUUUCAAUUAGUGGUAAUUCCAAUGGUGGGUCAAUAAGCUCAAUCGGUUCAAAUAUGAUGCACGGAACAAAUUCAAAUAGCUUUAGCUCUGCUCCUCCAAAUAAUAAUACUAAUAAAAAACUAAUGAGAAGUAUUAGUAAUAAUAAUGGCGGUUGGUUUACAACUGCUCCUGGUUCAACCACUGGUGGUGACCUUGUUAAUACAAAUUCUACAAACUAUUCGGUGGUUACUUCUGGGCCUGCCCAAGAAGAUCACUCAAACUUAGCGUUCAAUACUCAACUUCCUACUUCUACAACUUUAACCAACGAAGAUUCAAAUAAUAGCUCCUACACUUCAAAUUUCACCAGCACAAAUUAA